CGCUGGCGGGAGAGGGACGCCUGGCUAGGGCUCUGAGGAGGGCUGCGGCCACCGCUGCCGAAGGAGGCAGGUAGUGCUUUCCACGAGCUAGAGUGCAAAAUCUCCGACGAGGUCUCAUCCAGUGAGAGUCCCCCAACCCCCGCCAGCUCAGAGCCUGGGACGUCGGGAGAGCGGGGAGAGGUCCCUGGUCUAGCCGGGAGAAAUCAACGAGGGGAGUCCGGGACCCAGACACUGCCAUCCGCAAGAAAGCAACUGUCUGGAGAAGUGGCAUCUUAGACCUGUGAGAAACCAGCCGUCCAAGAAGCUGCAGGUCUCAGGCGCCCUGGAUCAUUAGAGCUGCACCCGAGGGUAAUAUCAGACUAUAAGUUCUGAACCCUCAAGGGCUGUCCUUGGCCCAACUCACGGGGGAGAUCGCCACCCUGACAGGCGGUUUGGGGAACAGCACUGCUGUCACAGGAGGAAUUCACCGCGGCAAGGUGGUCGGGCACAGCCGUCGGGAGAUCCAGACCGGGGCCCGAGCCCGCGGAGAGCCCCGGGCCUCCGCCGCCAUUGCGCCCAAAAGUGAGGAGGAUUUGCUGGCCCUGGCCGCGUCACGGCUGAGCCGCCGCAAACGGGUGGCGGGCGCAGCCGUCGGGGUGGCCAUGGUGCUGCUGCUGCUGGUAGCCAUCCCGCUACUGGUGCACAGCUCUCGCGGACCAACACACUAUGAGAUGCUAGGUCGCUGUCGCAUGGUGUGUGACCCCCACGCAUCCCGAGGCCAAGGCUCCGACGGCGCGCCCUCCUCGGUGCCUCCCUUCCCUCCAGGUGCCAAGGGAGAGGUAGGGCGGCGAGGGAAGGCGGGCCUGCGGGGACCCCCAGGACCCCCAGGUCCCAGAGGGCCCCCUGGAGAGCCAGGCAGACCAGGUCCUCCAGGUCCUCCUGGCCCAGGCCCUGGAGGGGCAGCGCCCCCUGCCGGCUAUGUACCCCGAAUUGCCUUCUAUGCGGGCCUAAGGCGGCCUCAUGAGGGUUAUGAAGUGUUGCGCUUUGACGACGUGGUGACCAACGUGGGCAACGCUUACGAGGCAGCCAGUGGCAAGUUCACCUGUCCCAUGCCAGGCGUCUACUUCUUCGCUUACCAUGUGCUCAUGCGCGGUGGUGACGGUACCAGCAUGUGGGCCGAUCUGAUGAAGAACGGACAGGUCCGUGCCAGCGCCAUUGCUCAGGAUGCAGAUCAGAACUAUGACUAUGCCAGCAACAGCGUCAUUCUGCACCUAGAUGUGGGUGAUGAGGUCUUUAUCAAGCUGGACGGUGGGAAGGUGCAUGGCGGCAACACCAACAAGUACAGCACCUUCUCGGGAUUCAUCAUCUAUCCGGACUGAGCCCAGCACCUUCUCUGACUCUCAUGUUCGUUCGCCCGCCCCCUCAGCCCCUCGCUCUCACCCACGCCCACCUCCAGCUAGCCCUACCCAAGCCCCAUCCUCAGAGCCUGCGGACUCCCGCUCCCCAGGCCACCUAAACGGGGGCAAUCAGAUUCUUGGGGCUCAAGGGUUUUAAGUGGUUGGGGGAGUCUAGAGAUGGGAAGGCCAGGAUGAAGAGAGCCGCUUAGGAAGGGGACUGGCUACCUUGUGCUCCAAUGAAACUGGGCCAGAGAGAGAAAUUCGUGCAUGGGCCUCCCUUCUGCCUGGAGCCUGGGGGAAGCUUUACUAAUGGAGAUCAAAGUCUCGCGUGAAGAGGGGGACAUCUUGACAGCCAGGGAGAAAAGGGCAGAAACAGAAGGAACCUGUCCAGGUGAGAGGAGACUCUGGCACAGUUUAGAUGUGGACCUCAGUAGCCACUUUCUUCCCCUUCCCCAUCUCCAUUUUUCAGGCUCCAACCAAGGCAGCCUCCCUGUGAACUGGAGGAGCCAAGGACUUCCUAGCAUUAAGAACCCAUUUUGUACAGUGCCCAUUUCGCCCCUCUCCAGGGUAGGUCCUGGAGCUACAGAUGCUGUCACUGCUCCCAAUAAAGUGAGGUCGGGGAUUG